CUUGAUACUGUCAUAUUACACGAGGUGGUUGCCGCUCGUUUCAAACUUCUGAUUUAGUUCGCGUUUAACGUGACGUCACUGUACUCGUUCGUUCCUGUGACGCGGCAUUUAGCUAACAGCGGCUGGUAUUAGCCUGCUUGCUAAGCAGUUCCUGUACGGCCAAAGAGUCGCUGUGCGCUUCAUAAGCUUCGUCACCAUGGGGAAUGUAUUUGCGAGUUUAUUCAAGGGCCUAUUUGGCAAAAAAGAGAUGAGGAUUCUCAUGGUCGGUCUCGAUGCUGCUGGAAAAACAACCAUCUUAUAUAAACUGAAGCUUGGCGAGAUAGUCACCACCAUUCCCACCAUUGGUUUUAAUGUUGAAACUGUAGAAUACAAGAACAUCAGCUUCACAGUGUGGGACGUGGGUGGUCAGGACAAAAUCAGGCCACUGUGGCGCCACUACUUCCAGAACACUCAAGGGCUCAUCUUUGUGGUGGACAGUAACGACAGAGAGCGAGUGAACGAGGCGAGGGAGGAGCUGUCCAGAAUGCUCGCCGAGGACGAACUCAGAGAUGCUGUCCUGCUUGUUUUUGCAAAUAAACAGGAUCUCCCCAACGCUAUGAAUGCUGCAGAGAUCACAGACAAGCUGGGUUUGCAUGCCCUCCGCCAGCGCAGCUGGUACAUCCAGGCCACCUGCGCCACCAGCGGGGACGGCUUGUACGAGGGCCUCGACUGGCUGUCCAACCAGCUGAAGAACCAGAAAUGAUCCAUUCCACCAGUUUGUUUUUUGUUUGUUGUUUUUUUUCUGUUUCAACACAGCGGCAGCACCGGAUCCAGGCCCCUUCGCUCCCGUCUAACCCAAGUUUCAACCCCAGCUCUUUCUUUCAAGAACUUCCUUCAUUCCCUCACUCCUGCUUUCUCCCUGCGUCAGUACUCUUGGUGCUGCUUGUGUGUGCGGUUGUGUGUGCGUUUGUUUGGGUGUGCGAGUGUGUGCGUGUCUUGUGUGUCCAGCGAGUGUGUGGGUGUGCAGGCGUCUCUGUGUAUGUUGGCUGGGAUUGGGAGUAACCCUGGCGUGCCUUUUACAGACCUUCUGUGGAAUCAGCAGUCUGGUUUUCAAGCCCCUUUCUCCAUCCACCAAACUCAGCCUCUGCCCCACUCAGCCUCCCCCCACUCUCAGUCUUGCACGGCCCCCUUUUCCCUCUCCCUUAUUCUGCAGAGAAAGCAUGGUUUUCAUACGGCAAAGAAAGAGCAAGGGUGCAAGCUUCCUUCCCCUGUAGUAAAUAUGUUAGCUAGAAACAUUCACCCAGUGUAGACUGAAUGCUAGAUGUUCAUUUUAACCUUGAUUUUUGAAACCUCCAUCCACCAGUAAGAGAUUCAGUAAAUUGCAUCUUAACCUGUAUCAGGUCGAAGCAAAUCAGAAAACUGUAAAAACAAAAAAAGAAUAAAUAAACACCCAUCCUCAAUUGUUCUGGUGUCAUCUGAAAAUCAUGCUGUUUUUUAUUAUUAUAUUGGAAUAUGACAGAUUAUUCUUAGCAAUGGUUCUGCAAUGAACACUACCUUUCUACCCCCACUGAGACCAUGAAGCACAAGGGAAGCCAACAAGCGUGAAAAAUAAAAUGUACUUUAAAAUUAGAACCUGUGACUGUGCAAAUUAUUAUACUGAAUUGUUUUGGUAGCCUCACCUGGGUAAUUUGGAUUUCAAGAUCAUUCUGAUAGUUUUUCUGCUUUAUCAAAUACAAAGUGUUGUGCAUUUGACGACUUCAGCCGUUCGACCGUGUCCUCGUACAUUCACGAUUCACGUUUUUCCUUUUGAGAGAUGUUAGAUGUGUUUUGUUCUGUAGCUAGAUUCAUCAUUUCUAUUUGUACUAUGUUUGCUGAACCAAAUGCAAUUGAGCAUUAUGACAAAUCCCGUAAAUCAGUGAGUGCAGCCUCGAGAGCCUAAACUGCAUGAUUUUUGACUGACGGGGUUUAACGCAUCCAGUGUCUGAUUUUCCUUAUGGAAUUAAGGACUGGCACCAAAUAUGAAGACGUGAAGAAAGGAAACCCAGCUCCAGUGUCUGGGUCGUCUUUUCAUGAUAGUGCUGCAUCCUUCACGAAAGACCGACGUGUCUGCAGCUUCUCUGGUCGUCACCGCUCACCCGUGGGGCUGAAGAUGGCACUUCUGUCAGGAAUGAUUGUAAAUCUGUAAGUUCCCCUGUAAACUGUCUCUGUGGGGAUCCUGAACACAUUAAUAAACAUGAUCCAAUCUAA